CACCUGUCCUGACAGGCUUCGAUUACCAAGAGACAUCUGGUCUCGGGGGAACUGGCCCAGUCCAGUCCAGUACAACCUCGUCAUCACUUACUGGCUUCAACAACUGGUCGGCUGCCAUCCCCCUGCACCGUCAACAAUCAUCAAUGAGGACGUCAGCUUUUUCAACCCGGCCUCUGCCAACAACGGGCCUCUGCUGUUCCAGAACUUCUCACACCACGUCAGUCCAGGGUUUGGUGGGAACUUCUCUCCCCAGAUUGGACCAGCAGCGGCCUUGUCCCAACACCACCCGGCUCCUCCGCCUCAUCCCCACUUCCAACAUCCCCACAGCCAACACCAGCAGCAUCGGCGUUCCCCGGCCUCUCCCCACCCUCCACCGCCCUUCCCACACCGGAAUCCGGCUUUCAGCCAGUUGCCGCAUUUGUCCAACAGCCUGAACAAGCCCCCGUCCCCCUGGGGUCCGGCCAGCUACCAGAGCCCUUCUCCCUCCCCUGGCUCCUCCACCUCCUGGAGUCCCGGAGGAGGUUAUGGAAGUGGUGGCGGCGGCUGGGGAGGAUCUCAAGGCAGAGAUUAUCGUCGUGGGCUGAACGGUGGGAUGACCCCCAUCAACUCCAUCUCUCCGCUGAAGAAGACCUUCCCGAAUAACCAUGUGACAUCCCAGAAGUACCCCCGAAACAGUCCCGCAGGCUUCAAUCCCAAGUCCUGGAUGGAUGACGGAGUCGGUCGUAAUGAUAACAUCUUCCCCUUUCAGGAACGUACCAGGUCUUUUGACAGUUUCAACAUGAAUACUCUGGAGAGCUCCCUGAUUGACAUCAUGAGGGCUGAGCAGGACACCCUGAAAGGUCGUCUAGGGUUUCCCCACCCAGGAGGGGACAACCCUCUUCCCCUCAAUGCCAGGAAUUAUAGCAGGAGACGAGGCCACUCCUCUCUGUUCCCCAUGGAGGAUGGUUUCCCCGAUGAUGAGCGCGCCGAUCAGGGUCUCGCUGGCCUCGGCUCUCCACACUGCUUUCCACACCAGAACGGAGAGCGCGUUGAACGCUAUUCACGCAAGGUCUUUGUUGGAGGACUGCCCCCGGAUAUAGAUGAAGAUGAGAUAACGGCUAGUUUCCGGCGUUUUGGACACCUGUUUGUGGACUGGCCUCACAAAGCUGAGAGCAAAUCCUAUUUCCCCCCAAAAGGCUAUGCCUUCCUGCUGUUCCAGGAUGAGAGCUCAGUUCAGGCUUUGAUCGAUGCCUGCAUCGAGGAGGACGGCAAGCUGUACCUCUGUGUGUCCAGCCCCACCAUCAAAGACAAGCCGGUCCAGAUCCGCCCAUGGAACCUGAAUGACAGCGAUUUUGUGAUGGAUGGAUCUCAGCCUCUGGACCCGAGGAAAACCAUUUUUGUGGGAGGAGUUCCUCGUCCGCUCCGUGCAGUGGAGCUGGCCAUGAUCAUGGACCGCCUGUACGGUGGCGUUUGCUACGCUGGCAUCGACACAGACCCUGAGCUGAAGUACCCCAAGGGAGCGGGGCGGGUCGCCUUCUCUAAUCAGCAGAGCUACAUUGCUGCUAUCAGUGCUCGCUUUGUACAGCUGCAGCAUGGAGAAAUCGAUAAACGGGUGGAAGUGAAGCCAUACGUGCUGGAUGACCAGCUGUGCGAUGAGUGCCAGGGGACUCGCUGUGGAGGAAAGUUUGCGCCGUUCUUCUGCGCCAACGUCACCUGUCUGCAGUACUACUGCGAGUACUGCUGGGCGGCCAUCCACUCGCGUGCAGGGCGAGAGUUUCACAAACCCCUGGUGAAGGAGGGGGGCGACCGACCCCGUCACAUCUCCUUCCGCUGGAACUGAGUGGACGACAGAGAGGGAGAGGCAACAGAGGAGCAGGAGGGCAGGUAGUGCAGGAGUCGCAAAUCAUUGUACAAAUAAAUGCACUUUUCUGUUGCUGGUUCCUUUUUGCUCUAAUUUCACCGAUCAUUUUUCUCGUUUUUAUUUUAAAGUUAAUAUAUAUCAAUAUUUUGAAGAUAGAAAAGAAAAACUGGAAUUAUAUCCAAAUAUGUCCAGCAAGGAAAAAAAAGACGUGUAACAUAAUAAUUUAUGCUUUUCAUUUUUUGAGAUAUUUUUUAUUAGUUCUGAAAAAAAUACAUAUAUAGGAAAGUAGUUUGAGGUGUGGAAUAUGGUACUCUGCUAUUCAAUUGGCAUAUUUUUCUAAACAGUGUAUUCACUUUUAAUUUUGAUACAAGAGGCCCCAAAACAAAUACUCUUCAUUUGACAUUCAACUGACUUGUUUUGUAGCAGAGCUAUUGCUUUUUAUUUUCUCCCGAGUCUCCAGUGCAAAUACUGUUUAAACAGUAUGUCAUUGGCUGUUAUUUUCAGAGAGGUGGGACUAAGUUUGCUAUUGAUACUAGAGGCUCCAGAGCAAAUGUGAAUUAAAAAGGUGUUGCUAAAGAAGAGUGCACUUAUUUCCUGUUUAAAGAGUGAAGAUACAGUGUAUGAGACCCUUAGUAGUUAACCAAAGCUGAAUCUGAAUUAACUUUGAAGAACAGAGAGGGCCUACUGCAGAACGAAAUGGAUUCUUUUCCCUCCCAGAUCAAAAUGUUUGAACCUCUCUUUUUAUGAUUUCCAAGACCAUACAAAUAUUUUGAUGUUACUUGAAAAACGACGACAAAAUUUUAGCAACACGUAAUUUGGGUUUUGAUCUCCAUUUUGACAUGCAAAAACUAAUACCUCAAACUCAGCUGCUAAUGUGCCGAAUACAGUAAAGAGAAAAAGAGAGAGAGAGCAAGCAAGAAAGAAAACAUGAUCGCUCUCUGGUGUUCUCCUUUCCUUAGAACUAUAAUCAGAGGGAAGCGAUGUAACAGGCAGAGAGUGAUGUGACUGGCACAGUUUUGUACUCACUUGCUUCAUCACCUUCUUAUUUUUGUAAUCAAACCCAGGGUUGUGCUAGGGACAGAGCAGAGCAUCGUACAGUAUAUUAUGGGAAUGUAUGGCAUAGGGAGGCUACGGGAGACAUAGGCUUACUGGUAAAGAGAUAAAUCCAGCCCCACGUCCUCUCAUGUACGCCUACGGCCUCUGCAGCUAAGCUAGCAGCUAACAGAGGGUAGGGCCUCAUUCACGGAUCAAAGCCUGCCGUCUGUGUCUGCACACAGCGGGGCUUGGAUCCAGAUCUUUCAGGACUGAGGUUAAAGUAACUCCUCGAGAGGAGGCUGGUCAAGUAGCCGCCUUUAUUGCAGUUUCUUACGGGGCUACCACCAAACAGGAAAUGCCUGUCUUUGUUAGGUUUUUUUUCUUAGAAAACGCAUUUGUGCAAUUCUCCCAAGUCUUUAAUGAAAAAGAAGUUCUACUUUGCAUCCGAGAGUCAGCUGCAUUUAAUGAAAGAAGCAAUUAAAGUUUAUCUGCUUUCCGAAUCGUCAGCACACGUAUGAGUCACGGAGGGAUCUGCCCUUUCAGCAAACCCUCGAUCCUUUCUCCUGCCAAGCUAAUCCAACUCAGCAUCCAGUGUUUUUGAAGCAUAAAUGAAGAUAGUCUCUGCAGUGCGCUCUACUACUGCACACUUGUGACCCACAUGCAGUGUUUUUGCUCUUGGAAACGAGAUUGCAGGUCCAGUCAGCUGUACCCAGUGGCUUUUGGGAACCAAAGAUGGCUGUGCAGUAGUGGGUCACACUGUAGCUCAUGUUCUUGUUUAGAUUUUUCUUGUUUUUCUUUCUCAUUUCUUCUAGGAUGUUUCUUUUUUUUUUUCAUAUAUAUUUUCUUAAAUCUGUCACUUCUGCCCAGUUUUGCUUAACUGUCAAGCCCUGAUGAAAUCCAGCAAACCAAAGAUUGGCCUUGAACACGAUCUAUACAGUCUGUAUAUUCUACACGUAUACAUGCUGUAUAUGUAUGACAGUGCAGUCAAAACCAUUAGAGCACCACGUGGAGUAAGAGCAGGGCUUGCAGACACACAAACAAGGCCUCACACUUUCCAUAGCUCAAAAUGAAGGUGCGCGCUGUCGGGCACUGGUUAUUUUUUAUCUCAAAUAGGUCUGCGUGUUUGGGAAAAUUAACAACAAGUGCACGUUUCCACAGCGAAAGUAAAACUAAUCCUCACAUUUGUUUGACAUUUUAAGUCACUCAGUGGUAACUUACUAGCCGAGCAUUUAAAUGUCAGGGAGUUAGUACAGAAACUUGAUUAUACACACACACUAGUGAGAAUCCUCAUAUCGGCGUGGUGUCAUUGCACCAGUUUUGCACCCUGGACAUUAGUUUUGUGGGUGUGGUGGGUGAGCAUUUUAGAAGUUAAAACACUUUGUGAAGAAUUUGCUGUUAAAUGAGAUGAAAAAAAGAUUAUUUUAUACAUGGCCUGCUGAUUUUUGGUACAGUGUUUUCUAGCUAAAUUAUUUUGUCAUGCACAUAUAAACAUUUAUUAUGCACUACUUUUCUAAAUAUUUUUUCUUUUUCCAACAGUCAUUUUAGGCACAUUUUUCACAAAUGGGGAAACUCCUUUUUGCAAUACCUCAAUUUUUCACAUUGUGAAAGGUAGCUUUUGUACUUUUGUUACUGAGAGAUCUGCAUAUAUGGAAAUGUUCAUUUUAAGAAAAAAGUUGAGUGAUUUCAAUAUAUAUUAUUUUCAAUUAUGCUUUUUAUACAUUUCAGUGCUGAGGAAUCUUUACAACUAAGUGCGCACUUGUGUUGAUGCGACUUCAGAUCUGCAGAGGAGAGACCAAAGUGUAUCGCUCUCUUGGUCUUAGCUUUUUCGUACACUAGAUGUUUCCAGUCAAUCUGGUCAAUAACAGCAUGGCGAGAAGAAAAAAAAAAAGACAAGUUGUAAUUUCAAAUUGAUGUUAAUGUCUCUAAACAUGGCUAUACUAGUUGGAAAUGGUAACUUCUGUCUUGGUUUCCUCUCCAUAGAUGGAGCAUAACUUAUUAUAAGGAGAAUGCAAAAUUCGGUUCACGCUUAACGCUGAAUCUCGUAUCACAAGAAUGGAUGUUUGGUGUUUAGAUAUUUUAAUAUUUGAAAAAAAAAAGUAUAUAUAUAUAUUCUUGAACUUGCCAACUAGCACCUAUUGUAAUCCUUAGCAUGCAUGACGAGAAAAAAAGAGAAAAUGACAAGUACAUGAAUUAGCUAUUAAAAUUAAUUGUUGUGGUGUGCACCAAAUGUUUCUCAACUAUUAAGUUGUUAAGGACACCCCAAACCCACUCUCACCUCACCCUCCUCCCCUCUACCUCCCCCCCCCACGUGUUGAAACUCCUCGCUUCCCCAUUCGCAGACCUCUGCAGGAUGCACAUGACAGAGAGAUAAAAAAAAUAAAACAAAAUAAGAAAACUUUAAAAUUGAUUUGGCAGUGCAGGACUUUGAGCAUCCUUAUAGAACACUGUUUAAAAGACUUGAGAACUCAUCCCCGCUGUCUGUCGAGGUGAUCUUAUAUAGACCUAUCUGGAGGAAGGGGAGCUUAAAGACUUGAAUGUGGUAAAUGUUGCAAGGUAACUUCAAGUUGUUAUGUGCAAUACUUCUUUUGAACCUUUUUCCAGAUAAAGACUCUUUGCAAUGUAAUUCUUUAAUGCCAUUUUUAAUUGCAGACAUUUAAUUAAAGAAGAUGUUAAUAUGUUUUUCACAGUCAUUUUCUACUGUUAUUGUAAUCCUUUUCAUGCUGGUGUUUGUAAAAAAGAAAAGAAAUCAAACUAUUUGUACUAAUAUAAAUAAUUGAAGUUAUUUUUAAAACAUUAAAGGUUUUGUGCUCAUUUGCUUAUUUUGUUUAUUUUAAGCUACUGUGAUUGAUUGCAUUGUAAUUAUUAGGUCAACAAUGUAUUUAGCUGUUUAUUGGUAUAUUUUUAAUUGGAAUGUAUAAUUGAUUUUUAUAAUUUUGAUCAGAUUUUUGUUAUAUUUUUGAGGUGAAGCUUUUAAUAUGUUAAAGUGUCUAGUUUUUACUAAUUGCUAUAUUGUGCUCCACAAUAUAUGGUUCACAUUUUCUGAAGGAAAAUAAAUAUUUAAAUAUUUGUCUGUUAAUGAUGUUACUUAAUGGCAAGAUUUCAAUAGUUUUUAACUGUGUAUGGGAAGGUUGUUGUAUUUAUUAAUAGCAUUUUUUACUUAAGAUAUCACCUUAAUUUUUAUUGUCAUUUCACUUUAUAAGUUCCUAUUUUUGUAUUUUCCUUUCUAAUUAAGUUAUGUAAUACGGAUAUGUCCAUAUUUCUAGGAGUUGGUCUGUAGAAGUGCUAGUGAAACGAAAAAGAAAAAUCUAAUGUUAUUUAAUUGUUUGCAGCCAACUAUUUAUAACAGUAUGCAUAAUUUUUAAAUAUUUGUAAUGUGAAAUGUUGAAUGAAAUAAAUCUUAACUGUGAUGAAA